CCCCCCCCCCCAUUUUAUUUUUUUAUUUGUGUGUGUGUGCGCGGGUGUGUGCGUGUGUGUUUGUUUCUGCAUGAAAAGAGGGGGAUCGGAAGAGGAGUCCUGCGCGGAAACUCUGCGGCGGCGGCGGCGGCGGCGGGCGGCGAGGCGGCGGCAGCAUGCCGCGGAGAAAGCAGCAGGCACCCCGGCGCUCCGCAGCAUAUGUUCCUGAGGAGGAAUUGAAAGCAGCAGAAAUAGAUGAAGACAGUGUGGAAGAUGAUGGGCUGUCUCUGGACAUCCAGGAGAAUGAGUAUUUGUGCAAUGAAGAAGCGGAGAUCAAAGAGGCUCAAAGCUACCAGAACUCCCCAGUCAGCACUGCAACUAAUCAGGAUGCAGGCUAUGGUUCGCCGUUUAGUGAAAACAGCGAUCAGCUGGCCCAUUUCAAAAGCACUUCCUCUAAAGAAGAGAAAGAGGAUCCUCAGUGCACAGACAAUGUUUCCUAUCCACAGGACAGCUUGGCACAAAUAAAAGCUGUGUAUGCAAAUUUGCUUUCAGAGACUUGCUGGUCCAGUUUAGCUUUGGACUUAAAGAAAUCCAAUCCAACUACCAGCAACAACGGAAUAAGCCAGAACGAAAACACCACCAGUACCGACACCAAUGCCAAUUCCCAGAGUACUAGUACUACCAGUACCAACACCAGUACCAGUACAACUACCAGUAGUACUAGUAACAGUAACAGUGGUGGCUCAGGUUACGACUGGCACCAAGCUGCAUUAGCUAAAACUUUGCAGCAGACCUCAUCAUAUGGACUUCUCCCAGAGCCUAGUCUUUUCAGCACAGUACAGCUUUACCGGCAAAACAAUAAACUUUAUGGGUCUGUGUUCACCGGUGCUAGCAAGUUCCGAUGCAAAGACUGCAGUGCAGCCUAUGACACACUGGUGGAACUAACAGUGCACAUGAAUGAAACUGGACAUUACCGUGAUGACAACAGAGAUAAAGAAGCUGAUAAGACCAAACGGUGGUCAAAACCUAGAAAACGAUCACUUAUGGAAAUGGAAGGCAAAGAGGAUGCCCAAAAAGUGCUGAAGUGCAUGUACUGUGGGCAUUCAUUUGAGUCUUUGCAAGACCUCAGCGUCCACAUGAUAAAAACAAAGCAUUACCAGAAAGUGCCUCUGAAGGAGCCAGUACCAGCCAUCACUAAAUUGGUCCCUUCCACCAAAAAACGAGCACUUCAGGACUUAGCUUCACCUUGUUCACCGGAGCCGACAGGGAUCGCUGCAGAAGCUUCACUGGGUGAGUCUGCAAAGGAUCAGAAAACUGCCAACCCCUAUGUGACUCCGAACAACCGCUAUGGCUAUCAAAAUGGUGCUAGCUACACUUGGCAGUUUGAGGCACGCAAAGCCCAAAUACUGAAAUGCAUGGAAUGUGGCAGUUCCCAUGACACUUUGCAGCAGCUGACUGCUCACAUGAUGGUCACUGGUCAUUUUCUGAAGGUGACCAAUUCUGCUUCCAAAAAAGGCAAACAGCUGGUAUUGGACCCUGUGGUGGAGGAGAAGAUCCAGUCUAUACCUCUUCCACCCACCACCCACACAAGGCUACCAGCCUCCAACAUUAAAAAACAGCCUGAUUCCCCAGUGGGCUCCACAAACUCGGAGGAAAAGAAAGACCUAGAGAAGGAAAAGGUGGUGGUGGUCAGUGAAACAGAAAAGAAGAUUAAAGAAGAGAAUGAGGACUCUGCAGAGAAAUUUGAGCCAACAACAUUGUAUCAGUACCUCAGAGAGGAGGACCUAGAUGAUAGUCCUAAAGGCGGAAUAGACAUACUGAAGUCCCUGGAAAACACAGUGACAACAGCUAUCAGCAAAGCUCAGAAUGGAGCCCCUUCCUGGGGAGGAUAUCCCAGUAUCCAUGCGGCUUACCAGCUCCCGGGAACAGUCAAACCCCUUCAGCCUGCGGUGCAGAGCGUUCAAAUGCAGCCAUCUUAUGCGAGCAGUGUGAAAUCACUGUCGUCAGAACACAACGCACUCAUCCAUUCCCCAGGCAAUCUCACACCCCCACCUCACAAGAGCAAUGUAUCUGCUAUGGAAGAACUAGUGGAGAAAGUUACAGGUAAAAUCAACGUGAAGAAGGAAGAAAAGCCUUUGGAGAAAGAGAAGAGUUCUCCAGUCAAACCCAUGUCACCUGCUGCUAAAGAAAACAAGGACUUCCCCAAACCAGAAGAAAUAAAUAACAAACAGCAGCAGAAGAAGAGCUCUGAGACAGAAGUUCAGAAGGUCAAAAAGGAUAGUCCAGCAGAAGCACAUACGCCAAAUGGUACAGAGCCACUUAAAACAAAGGUUGCAAAUGGCUGUAAUAAUUUAGGAAUCAUCACAGAUCAUUCACCUGAGCCAUCCUUCAUUAAUCCAUUGAGUGCUUUACAGUCCAUUAUGAAUACCCACUUAGGCAAAAUUUCUAAGCCGGUAAGCCCCUCUCUGGACCCUUUGGCCAUGCUGUACAAAAUUAGCAACAGCAUGUUGGACAAACCCAUUUACCCAACCACUCCGGUCAAGCAGGCUGAUGCUAUUGACCGGUAUUACUAUGAGAACAGUGAUCAACCUAUUGAUUUAACAAAGUCCAAAAACAAACCUCUUGUUUCCAGUGUGGCUGACUCUGCCUCAUCCCCGCUGAGGGAGAGCGCCCUGCUGGAUAUUUCUGAUAUGGUGAAGAACCUCACAGGGCGUUUGACACCCAAGUCUUCAACUCCGUCUACCGUGUCAGAGAAGUCUGAUGCUGAUGGGAGCAGUUUUGAGGAAGCUUUGGAUGAACUGUCACCAGUACACAAGAGGAAGGGCAGACAGUCCAACUGGAACCCUCAGCAUCUUCUGAUCCUUCAGGCCCAGUUUGCUUCCAGCUUGAGGGAGACCCCGGAAGGCAAAUACAUUAUGUCGGACCUAGGUCCACAAGAGCGGGUACACAUCUCUAAGUUUACUGGUCUUUCCAUGACCACAAUUAGCCACUGGCUGGCCAAUGUGAAGUAUCAGUUAAGGAGGACAGGUGGAACUAAAUUUUUAAAGAACUUGGACACAGGACAUCCUGUUUUCUUUUGCAAUGAUUGUGCCUCUCAGUUCAGGACUGCUUCUACAUACAUAAGUCACUUAGAGACACACCUAGGGUUUAGUUUGAAGGAUCUGUCAAAGUUGCCACUUAAUCAGAUUCAAGAACAGCAGAAUGUUACAAAAGUCCUCGCAAACAAGACUUUGGGCUCACUUGGAAUUGCCGAGGAGGACUUAGGCUCCACAUUCCAGUGUAAGCUCUGUAACCGAACUUUUGCAAGCAAGCAUGCAGUCAAACUGCACCUUAGUAAAACACAUGGCAAGUCCCCAGAGGACCAUCUGAUCUAUGUAACUGAGUUAGAAAAACAAUAGCGUCCAGGUAAGCAGCCAGGUAUGCAAGUGACCACAGGAACAUUGCACUAAACUUCUUCAUAGUACUGCACUAGGCCUGACCUGAGCCUCUGAAAUCAGUCUUACUUUUGUUGCUGAACUGCCUAUCUGGACCUUGGUUUUUCUUACACUUAUUUUGUAGUUAUAUUUAUAUGCUCUUUGUCUGAUCUGUGCAUGGUUAUUUUUUGUUUCUGUUUUUAUUUUUGUGAGUCAAAGUCUGACCUUUAUUUUCAACAUCUGUCCUUGAUGUUAAGCUAUCUUUUGUAGAAUAUAGUGGGAGACACUAUUGAGAGACAUUAAUUUAGCCGUAAAGAAAGACACAAAGAACAAUGAUAAAGAGACAUCCUAAAAUUACAAAGUUGCCAUGACAAUAAAGGUCACAGAACCUGGUAGUGUCAAGUUUUAACCCUCUGAGAACUGUAAUAGCAUUUUUGUGCCUUUCCCAGUGACUAAAUAAGUAAAUAAGGAAAAACAAAACAAAAGGCUUAAAGGCAUUUCAUUCAAACAAAAGCUGUGUCAGAAGCAGAACUUAUUUUUUUUAAAUGAAUGAGCUUCUUCUUUUUUUUUUAAUGCAGAACUGGUUUGUGAAGAAAUUGUGCAUGCAGUCCUUGGAAGAAGGAGAGCUGUAUAGUACUCAAGGGGUUAGGAAGCCACAACUGUAUAACUUAAAUAAAAAAAAUAAUAAAAAAAAAAGCAAACCAAGUUGCCACUAUGCCCAAACCCUCUGGAUGCUGAGAAUUGCCACUUUUUGGCCAAAAACAAAAACAAAAAAGUAUGCAAGCUGUUAUUUAAAACAAGUGUAAAAAUGCUCUUUUCUUUCUUUUAUUUUAUUUUCCUUUUUUUUGGGGUUUUUUUUUUUUUUCCUGUUUUGUUUGUUUUUUUCCUGUAAAAUACUGCAGUUUAUAGUUAUUUACAAAUGUUAAGCUUUGGUACAAGCUGACCUUUCUAUAGUGUGCUGCAUUGGUAAAUGAAAACAAAACGGGGCAAAUGUUGGAUUCUGUUCCUUGUAAAUGGCCAGCAUCAGCUUAAAAAAAUACAUGUUACAUAUCGUACCAUUUUAAACUGUUCAACUUUCUUUGUACCUUCUGGCUGUAUGCUUUCUCUUUUAACUUUUUAUAUUGUCAUUUUAUAUUCGAUUUCUGUGUAUAUAAUGUAAAACCACACUUUUUGAAUAAAAUUUAGUUCCUGCAGCUUGAUAUAAAUAGAGGAAUUUUACUGGCACCUGCAUCUUUCGAGAUGCAUGUACUUAAAGGAACUAUCUGACAAAAAAAAUAAAUAAAUAAAAAUAAAGCAAGCAAUGCACUAUGAAUUAUACAUUUUGAUGUUUUAUCAUUAAUAUUGUACAGUACAUUUUGGUUCACACAAUUAAAUCCACUGUUUUCUCAAGUGUAAAAUAAACCCACAUGCAGUUCUUGAUUUA